AUGGUCAAAGAAGGUGACUCCAUCCCCAACAUCGAUCUCUACGAGGACUCUCCCGGCAACAAGGUCAACCUCGCCAAAGAGCUCAGCUCCGGCAAGGGCCUCAUCAUCGGUGUCCCCGCUGCGUUUUCUCCCUCGUGUUCCGACACCCAUAUCCCCGGCUACAUUGCCAGUGACAAGCUCAAGAGUGCCGGAAAAGUGUUUGUGGUUUCUGUCAACGAUGCUUUCGUCAUGAAAGCUUGGGCCAAGAGUUUGGACGAGUCAAAGAAGAGUGGCAUCCGAUUCCUCGCCGACCCCUCUGGAGAGUUCACUCGCGCCUGGGACGUGGAGUUCGAUGCUGCUAAGAUCUUGGGCAACAACCGAAGCAAGCGGUAUGCGGUGCUCACCGAGGAUGGCAAGGUCGUCAAGGCCUCUGUCGAACCCGACAACACUGGUGUCACCAUCUCGGCCGCCGAGAAGAUGUUGUAA